AGGCUGUGAGAUCAGAGAAGACACUCAGAUCUUCUUGAUCUCUGCCCUUACAUCUUCGGUGAACAAUACUCUGUUCGACAAGAUGCAUCCCUUGUUUGGAAUGUGCUUUGUUCUCUUUCAUUUUCUAUUGCCCUGUACCUCUGCAAUUACUGAUGAGCAAAGUCUUAUAGAUUUCAGGAAAUCCAUCACCUUGGAUCCUCUAAAUUCCUUAGCCAAUUGGGUCCCUACUGUUCACUUCUGCAAUUGGACUGGAGUUACUUGUAAUUCGGCCAGAAACAGAGUUCAAUUGCUUGAGUUGGCAGAUAUGGAAUUAGAAGGUACCAUCUCCCAUUCAAUUGGCAACCUCUCUUUCCUUACACAACUCGACCUCAUCAACAACAGUUUUGUAGGCCAAAUUCCACAGGAAAUAGGGCGAAUUCAAGUUUUAAAGGCUCUCUAUCUUUCAAUCAAUCAUUUACAGGGCUCUAUUCCAAGGAAUUUGACUUCCUGCAAGGAGUUACAAGAAUUGAACCUGGCUGCUAACCAAUUGACUGGUACAAUUCCUUUAGAAUUGAGUAUGCUUACAAAUCUUCGUGUCCUUAAACUCGGCUCCAACAAUCUUUCUGGUAACAUCCCUCCCUCCUUAGGAAAUCUCUCUCAUCUCGAAGUAUUGUAUAUGGCAGAUCUUGAACUUGAAGGUCACAUUCCACCAGAACUGGGAAAGCUAUCUAACUUGACCUCUUUUCUCCUCUUUGAGAAUCGCCGUUUAACUGGCCCUAUUCCCUCCUCAAUCUCAAAUUGUUCGGGCUUGAUCGAAUUGGGCCUCUAUAGCAACAGCUUGACUAGUAGUAUUCCACUAGAAUUGGGCAAGCUAUCUCGCCUUACAGUUCUAUAUCUAUGGGACAAUCAGCUGAAAGGCACCAUCCCAGCCACAAUUGCCAAUUGUACACAACUGAGUGAACUUGAUUUGGAGCUCAACCAUCUCAGUGGAGAAGUACCAUUGGUGUUGAGCAGGCUUUCAAAGCUUCAAACACUGAGCCUAUCGUCUAAUCAACUUGUUGCGGCAGCUCAGACACCAUUCCCAUUCUUACUGCCCUUCUGAAUUGCACCGUCCU